CAUGGUUGAUCCACAACAAGAUGGAAAAAAAAAAUGGGAAUUAUGAGCAGUGGACCAAGGAAGAGAGUGAUACCUUAUUAGAACUAAUGGUUGAUGCCGCCGUUAGGGGAUGGCGUGACAAUAUUGGCAUCUUAAGUAAGCAAACAGUGGAAAAAAGAACACUUCAUAUUCUUAAUGCAAAACUUGGGUGUCACAAGACCUACAAAAACUACCAAAGCAAGGUUAGAUGGUUUAAAGGUCGAUGGAACUCUUACUCUACCCUUAUGCGUUUUAGCUCUGGUUUUGUAUUUGAUUCAACUACAAAGAGGUUUACUGCUUCUAAUGAAGUAUGGGAGGAAUACCUUAAGGCUCACCCUAAGAACACCGACUUGCGCUAUGGGACAUUUGAUGAUUAUGAGGACUUGGAAAUUGCUAUUGGGAAUGGUGUAGCAGUUGGGAAAAACUCAGUCGGGUUGGGUAGUGUUACUAAUGCAAGAACAUUAGGUGUUGGUGAAGUAAUGAUUAACUUACAAGAGAAAAGAGAGCGACAAAGUAAAAUUUGGGAUGCUAUCAUGGAGAUCCCAAACUUGGAUGAAGCUACCGGUUUCAAGACUCUUGAGUUGCUUGAUACCAAAACAAAAAAAGAUCGAUUCUUGAAUAUGUCUCCUCAACAGCGAUCAAAGUGGAUAUUCCACAAGUUGGGAGGACUAUAA